CGUUAUGCAAGAGAUCGAACAGCACUCUUAGGCGAAAAGCAUCAUCUUUUGUCAGCAAUCAUAUCAACAUUCAUGCAGGUCGCUCGCAUCGGAUCCAGGCGCUCGGCAACAAAACUACUUCGCCCACAAUCGACUGGUCCUCCUCCUACUGCUGCAGCUUCUCCCCGUCAAGCCUUGUCUAGAAGCUCUGUAGCAUGCGUUAGUCCGUUUGAGAAUCGUGGAAUUCAUUUUCAUUCAGGAAAAUUUCCUUCACCCUCUACCAGGCGUAACUUUUCCUCGUCUUCGAUUGAUGGAAUCGACACCGUGGAACAUGCGCUGGCUUCUUCCAAUGUGAAGGAAGCACAAUCGGCACUGGACAAAAUUCCGGCGGAUUCUUCACUUACACUGCCUGACCUUCAAAGUCUUCGCGGUAGAGUUCUGGAUGCUUGGCUGGAGCAUCAAGAGAACCUCCUAGAGAUUUACAACUACACGAGUCCUGAACGGAGUCAUCUUCGUGAAAUCUGUCUCGCUGCUGAGUCCGCUCACAAUUUACUAGAACAGAUAGAACCCUUGUUUUCCAACAGCAACUUGACAUCCUACAGUAUCUACGGUGAAGAAUUCAAAUCUGAUCUGGACGUGAGUGAUGAGGAAGCGCUACGACGGCCCAUGAAGCCGUAUAACACAGUGCUUACCCAGCGUUGCAACGCCGUCUUGAGAGCAUGGGCUCGAACAUCUCGGGCCGGUCAAGGCAUUAACACUCGCCUUACACGAGCAAUUCCACAGCGAGCUCAAUUUCUUUUAGAGGGUAUGGAAUUGUCGUAUGAAAAUGGCAGCGACCGACUGAGGACAGUAUUGCCCACUGUGGAGAGUUUUAACCAAGUUUUGGAGGCUUGGGCGUACAGUGACGAGCAUCUGCGCGGUGCUAUGGCAGAGCAGUUAUUUCAAAAGUUAAGGCAUGGCAAUCCUGCAGCUGUCCACUUCAAUGGAAGAUCGUACCGACUAAUCAUUGCGGCCUGGUCUUGGAGUCGUGAGCGGAGGCACGCAUUCAAUGCCACUGGUCACUUAAUGAAGAUGUUGCGUAAAUUAGAGAAGGGCGACGAAAGCAUGGAGCCUACCAUGGAUGACUAUCAUAUGAUUCUCAAAGCCUGGACGAAUGCUGAGGAUAGGAUGGCUCCAACAAAGGCUGAAUCUGUGUUGCAGCUUAUGGACUAUGCAUAUAACAACGGAAUAACAUUUUUGCAACCCGACAUAACUUGCUACCGCUGUGUGCUGGUGACUGCUGCUCGCCGUCGGUCGCUUCCUGAGCUAGGUAGGCUGGUCGACAACCUUCUAAUGCGCAUGAAGGAGCGUCUCAUGGUUCCUGAUACACUGUGCUAUCAAUCGGCAAUAACGACGUGGAAAAAUGUUGCUCUGAAUCACGAAUUCCCGGAAAAUGUGGAAUUAGGAGUGAGACGAACAAUCGAGUUGCUGACGGAGAUGAAGUUGGCUGAAAGCCGCAGCACAUUGGUAUCUGUCAAGCCAUCUACCAUCAACUAUAACGAUGUGAUCGAGGCGCUUACUGCAAGUUCCCAUCCUCGCCGAAUACAACAAGCACAACAUUUACUUUCCGAAAUGGAAAGCGAAUUCUUUAAAAGAGGAAAUAAUCUUCUAAAACCAAGCGCGAAUAGUUAUCGUCUGAUGAUUGAGGUGUUGAACAGCGUGGCAUCCGUGAAGAGAGUGGUCGAGGCUAAGGCUGUGGUUCUCAAAAUGAGUGAUAAGUUCGAUGAGUUGUUCGAUGCAAGCCACAUGAGUCGAAAAGAGAAUAAAGCUGUAGUUGUCGCUACUUUCAACGCUUUUAUUCGCCUUUGUGCUACCACUCCCGUCGAAGCUGAGGAUGAAGGCAUGCGAAUCCUACGUGAAGCCCUGGCGGUUGUCGAUAAGAUGAGGAGUCAUGUCGUAUUGGAGCCAAACUCAGCCACCUACGCUGCCCUGUUAGAGGCUUGCAAAGAUUUGUUGCCGAUAGGUCCAGAGAGACGUAGGCUUGUGGAGAUGGUAUUCCGAGUUUGUUGCGACGAGGGCAUGGUCAAUCAUAUCGUCCUGAAGGAACUACGCGAUGCAGCAACUUCUGAGCAGUACACGAAGAUGGUCGUAGCAUACGGUGAAGAGAUGGAAGGGAAAAGAAUGGUUCCUGAAGCGUGGACGAUCAAAGCACUAGGGGAUCGGGUGUGCACUGAAGACGGUCGAAAGGCAAAGCCGCUGGGUGUUGAUGAAAUCUAUUGCGAGGUGGAAGACUUACGAUGGAAGAGCGAAAGGAGUUGGCGUUGGUAA